AUGAGAAAAAACACUCGAAAUCUACUAAUUACCUACUCAUUGUCAAAUAAUUAUGCAAAAGUCAGUCAAGGAUUCUUACAAUUAGUAAACAAACCAAUUUUUUUGGUAACUGGCAAAACUUUUUUCCGAUAUAAUUAUUCAAAAAAUGUAUUUGUUCAGAUGGAUUAAUCAAAAAUGCAAAUCAAUAAACUUUGCUAUAAAAAUGUAGACUCAAGUGAAAUCCUCACUUUUUCUCGCCACCCGCCGAAGUGAGUUGAACAUCUGAAAUUGAAAAAAUGCAGAUUCUGCCUAUAAUUUCAGAGAUGAGAUCUAUAAUUUGUCUUUUACUUCUUGUUGCAAUUUCAUGGACUCUUUUGGAUACUGUAGAUUCAGCCGGAGUUCCAGCAAAACGUGUUAAAAGACAAUAUUAUGGUGGAUACGGUUAUGGUGGUUAUGGAUGUAAUUGUGGAACAUAUGCACCGUGUACUGCUCAUGGAUAUUAUGGCGGAUAUGGAUAUGGGGGUGGAUACGGAGGAUAUGGGGGAGGAUACGGUGGAUAUGGUGGAUAUGGAUACAAAAAGUAGAGCUCUGCUCCUUUUUUCCCACAAUUUCUCUGAUUUAAUAAACUAGUUUUCAUAUUUUCUUGUUAAAAGUUUGUUCAGAAAAAAAGUAAUUUCAGACUAGAAUUCCUAGAAAACUAACGUCAUCAUUCAAAAAUUUCAAUUGAAAAAUAUUCCCCAUGCGGUCUAAAUUUUUAGAACAGCAUCAUUAUUCUCACAAAAAUGCUCCGUCUGGUUCUGACAGGUUUUCUAUUUUUAUUAACAAUAUUUGGAAUAUCAACUAAUAUAAUAGUUCUUUCACCUGUUUUCAAACUUGCAUUUAUUGUUUCAAAAAGUCCAAUAUAUGUGAUAUCUUUCAUCAAUAUAAUAAUUGAUUUGAUAAAUUUGUUCACAACAAUAAUAUAUUUUAUUCCAUCAAUUGUUUUUCAAACUUAUAUUCUGAGUGAAAAUGAACGAAAUAGUUUCAUUCAAAAACUGUUGGGUUCUCAAUUUUUAUUUUGUUGGUAUCUCGGAUCUUUGACUCAAAUAAUAAUGGCAAUAAAUCGUCUUAUUGUUAUGUGUUUCCGAUCUUAUUCAUAUAUUUUUAGAAAAUCAAAAAUAUUAAUUAUUUUCGGACUUCUCAUACCAUUUGUUAUAACUUGCUGUUAUAUAUCUCAAUUCAUAAUUCCAUGUUGUUCUUUAGUUUAUGAUUUUAAAAUAAUGUCAAUUGGCUAUACUGGAACAUCUCAAGAAUUCAAUUAUACUAAUUGGAUUUUUGAUGUUCCAUUAAAUUUCACAACGACUGUCAUAAUCACAAUUUGUUAUGGAUGGGUUUGUUAA